AUGCAGGCGUACAUGGAGCAACCCGGGGACAAUUUAGGCCCCUUUUCAGCCCCACCUUCCGCCCCACUUUCAUCGCGCUCGCAUACGACAACCGGGGUGGAGCCCGCUGUCGUACUCGCAGGGCAGGACCACACCAUCACAAGGGAGGUUAUUUGCAAGGACAGCGCGGGAUUUAUUCACGAGGUGCCGAUAUGGAAUGGAUGCGGAGCGCAGUUUUCGGCGAGGACACCCCAUCACCUGUCAGGGUUAUUACGAGGCUAUUUACAGCCGGCGGCGAGGAGAAAGAGGACAGCGAUGAUGCAGGAACACAUCGCGAGAUGCAUCCAGGGCGCAAAAGACUCCGACGAUGAGGAAAAUGACGACGACACGGAGGGUUCGGACGAAGAGGCGGAGCGCUACAAGGACAUGGAUGACGAGCCCUCCGUACAAAAUCUUAGGGUUUACGCGCGGAGCCAAAUCGCGAGCGGUCUUCGCGGAGACCUAGACGGCGGCAAGAAAUGAUGUGGGAGAGGGUGGACCCCCUCUUCUUCGAGAGGCAUAAACGCUGGCUCGGCCCGCUUUGGAAGAAGGUCAAAGAUCUUGCCCCGACCACGAGCUUGAUUUCCGACGAUUGGAACGGCCACGUUGACUGAGUCCCCGCCUUAGAACACCGUGAGGCUGAUACUAAGGCGGCGACUGCGUUUACCUUGACCCGCUUUGCUGGCUGGGAGAGUAGACUCCUGGCGUGGAUAAGUCAGCCGGAAGUGUUGGAGGCAGGGUUGCGAGACUACCAGGAAGAGAAGGCGUUGCAGUACCUAUCCUGCAUCAUCAAUCACGUGGAGGAGGUGUGUUGAUAUGGUAGUCAGUCAGCGAGUUGGGCAAUUUGUGGAAGGGUUUGCGUGUCAUCUCCGCAUCCGUGUGUGAACAAGUCAAAAAUUUCAUCCUCCUGCAUCUGCACGUUACUGCGGUGAUUCUAGGUCUGAGGGAGCGCGCCGUGCGUUUAUUUCUGGUAGGGAUAGGUGUGAUGGAGCUACCACCGAUUCCUGGUGCCCGGGUCUAGAACCAACCAUCCGAUUUCAUCUUGCUAAUGUGUAUUCCAAGGCCAAGUAGCUGAGGUACUCUCCCCAUGCCCGCGCUCCUCUGAUCGAACCGUUCCCCAUGCCCUCCCCUUAAUGCAGGAGUUGUACAAGGUGUACGUGAAAGAGCGCAAAGAUUCCGUGGCCGUGGAGCUCUCUUACCCGAGUGAAAGGUAUCAGAUCACAAUACCGCGCGGGCAAGUCCUGUACUACAUUGCCGGGUGGACGGCCAGCAAGGCUUGGACGCAUCAAAAAAGAAACAACCUUUCCCAGGAUUGGGUGCGUGUCGUCCAACACAACACUCACCGGUCCAGUGGGGAGGCGAUAUGUACUGAUUCUAUGCUGAGAGAAUUCGUAGCAAAGUCGAUUCGAAGAACGAAAUGAAGAACGGUCCGGGACUUCUUUACCCUACGAUGGAGUGGGUAGAGUUCGUGUAUGCCGUGGAGAGGGGCAUAUUCCAUUUUUUGGAAAUACCCAUCUUCUUUGUUGCUUGCCUUGGAGACUUGCCAGCCGAGAUUUUCAAAGUUGCAAGCGAGGCGGAGGUCGUCAAGGAAAUGUGGGGAAACUGCUGCCCCCCUGGUCCUCCUGCCAUCGAUCCUAGUGUAUCCCAUGAGAUGUUUCUUUUCGUUGUCGGGAAAAUCCUCAACGUGCGAAUGAGUGACUUCGCGAAGAGUGUAAGGGAGAAUACUUCCCUCAAGUUCUUGAAGGCCGCACUUGCUUUGCGGCAACAGCUGAACGCACGGGUUGGGCCAAAUGGAGGGGCGGGGGCCGGUAGUGGCGAAGCAAAGGGGGUUGCACAGGGGG